AUGGCUAGUAGCUCCGUAGUAGUCUUACUCUUCCCACUUUUAGCUCUAGCUCUAUUAUCUGCAUUGGCAGCCGAUAAUUUUCUGAGCAUAGAUUGCGGGUCAUCUGAUUCCUACACCGAUAAAAAUUCGAUCAACUGGGUUGGAGAUGACGCCUUUGUUCAGAACGGCAAGUCUCAAGUGGUGCAGAUCCCCAAUGGAGUCUCUCAAGAAAUGAGCACUUUGAGAGUGUUUACAACCAGGAAGAAAAACUGUUACUCCAUUGAUGCAGAAAAGGGAGCUCAGUUUCUUGUGCGUGGAAGUUUCUACUACGGAAACUAUGACAAAAAAUCAGCUCCUCCUUCCUUUGAUGUUCUUUUGGACGGGAAUUUUUUUGACAGAAUUCAGACUACAGCUGAGGAUGUUAUUUAUUUUGAAGCUAUAUAUGUCGCAACAAGCGGCUCUAUACAGCUAUGUCUUGCUCAAUCUAAGCCUAACCAGUUUCCAUUUAUAUCCGCGAUUGAGAUCCGGGGCCUGGAUCCAACAAUGUACUCUCAUUUUGAGUCGAGCUAUAUGAUGGUAAAUACAAGGAGGGUUGCUUUUGGUGCAACUAAAUCUAUAAGGUAUCCAGAUGAUGGUUAUGAUCGUUAUUGGGAUCCAUCAGGGGAUGUCACCGGCAUACUGAAGGUCACAAGUGAUGCACCAGGAAUUGAUGGCAUUGUGGAAGAUCAGCCUCCAAAACUAGCUAUGCAAACUGCAAUAACCACCUCAAAAACAUCACAACCAUUGGGUAUAAUUGGCAAUGGUCUUCCAAGUGCUGAAGUCCCCAUUUACAUCACCAUGUUCUUCUCUGAAGUGAAUCUACUUGAUUCGUCGACUGAUGUCAGAUCCUUUCAGAUUUUCAUUGAUGACAAGACUCCUUCAGAUCCCAUCAUUCCCAUCUAUGGAGGUGUGACAGAAAUGUACAUUGCAAACAGGACCGGCUCUUCGAAGACCUCAAUUUCUCUGGUGGCCACCACUGAUUCGACGCUGCCUCCUCUGAUCAAUGCCAUGGAAGUUUACUAUCUUCUAGGGCCACUAACAGAGGGAACAAAUAGCAAAGAUGUUGAAGGGUUGGCUGCAUUGCAAGGAAAGUUCAGUAUUCUACAGGAAUGGACUGGAGACCCUUGCCUCCCAUCUCCAUAUACAUGGGACUGGGUCAAUUGUACUACUGAUGACACACCGCGAGUAACAGCACUGUAUUUGAAUGGCUAUGGUCUAUCUGGGCAACUUCCAGACUUCAGUUCCAUGGAUGCUCUUGUCACAAUAGACAUGCACAACAACAGCCUGAGUGGAGCAAUUCCUAGUUUUCUUGGCACCUUGCCCAAUCUAAAAGAACUGAACUUAAGAGACAAUAAACUGAGUGGACCAGUACCCUCCACAAUAUCAAAGAAUACCAAGCUGAAGUUAGAGGAUUCUGGCAAUCCUAAUCUAUGUGCCUCUGGCGAGUCCUGUAAGACAAUUGCUAGCAAUGAUAGCCCCUCUUCAUCAGGCAGCAGUGGCACUAAGAAGAAAAGCAGCAAACUACCAUUAAUUCUUGGAAUAGCAAUUCCAGCUUUUGCGGCGUUCUGGGUUAUUGUGGUAGUGUGUGUUUGUGUAGUAACUUCAAAUAAGAGAAGAAAAGCAGCCGUCGGAGCAAUCGGCACAGGACAAAUUGGUGUGGCCAACAUGCCUAAUAGCGCUCAACAAGGGGUGCAAAUGAACGGGCAAAUGGCGGGUAAAUUCGGAGAAGCUGUGAUGAACCAGUACGAGGUCAACGUUGAGGAGCAGGCAACCCCAGACUAUCAGCAACAAGUAACCCCAGAACAUGUACAAGAUCAAGACGAUAGGCGAUUGCAUUAUUGAGUCACUCAUCUUCACCCUUUGUUUAUAUGGGUUUUUAAAGCCGAAGACCGAAGUUGUGUUCUUUAGUACGUAGUGCUUGAAAUUUUUUAACCAAGUCUGUGUAAAGUAGUUGAGAGCACUCGAAUAAAUAUUAUUUGUG